AUGUGAGGCGGCAAAGUCAGGGAGCAAUGAUUUACACCAAAUGUCCACACAUAGAGAACCUCUGGACAGAUUCUACUGGCUCAAGCAAAAAAACGAGCUGGCUGAAGGGUAGAGGCUUAAAUCGUUUCGAAUGAGACUGGCUGUUGAACUGAGAGGCUGAAAUGGCCGGGUCCCAGCCGAACGUUCGACACUGGACCACCAAGCAUGUGGCCAGGUGGUUGAGGGAUGAGGGGUUCUGUGACUACGUCGACCUGCUAUGCAACAAACACCGUCUGGAUGGCACGAGCUUGCUGGCCCUGAGCGAGUACGACCUGCGCUCUCCGCCACUAGAAAUCAAGGUCCUAGGGGACAUCAAGAGGCUCAUGCUAUCAGUCCGUAAGCUCCAGAAACAGAAUGCAGACGUUCUUGAGGAACUGGGGCUCUCGUUCGAUGGACACUCGCCCCAGGGCAGCGGUGGGGAUUGGCUGUGUAACGGGGACUCUCCGCGGGACUGUGAUGAUGUCGACAUCGGUCUGGGCAGCGAGCAGUACCACCACCACACCAACGGCAAGUACAAGCAUCAUACCAGGCGACUGGACCCAGAGUACUGGAAGACAGUGCUGAGCUGCAUCUACGUGGUGUUUGUGUUCGGUUUUACUUCCUUUGUCAUGGUUAUAGUGCACGAACGGGUGCCUGAUAUGAGAACCUACCCGCCCUUGCCUGACAUUUUCCUCGACAGCGUUCCCAGAAUCCCCUGGGCUUUUGCCAUGGCUGAGGCGUGUGGCGUGGUCCUGUGUGCGGUUUGGCUUCUCGUUCUCCUGCUGCACAGACACAGGUCCAUUCUGCUGCGGCGCCUGUGCAGUCUCAUGGGAACGGUCUUCAUGUUGCGCUGUGUCACCAUGUUUGUCACUUCUCUCUCAGUGCCAGGACAACAUCUGCAGUGCUCUGGAAAAAUAUAUGGUGAUAUGUGGGCCAAACUGCGGCGUGCUGUUGCUAUCUGGAGUGGGUUUGGUAUGACCCUCACUGGCGUGCAGACCUGUGGAGACUACAUGUUUAGCGGCCACACUGUUGUCCUCACCAUGCUCAACUUCUUCGUAACUGAAUAUACUCCGAGGAGUUGGAAUUUUAUACACACCCUUUCCUGGGUUCUCAACUUAUUCGGCAUUUUCUUCAUCCUGGCUGCCCAUGAACACUACUCCAUCGACGUCUUUAUCGCAUUUUACAUCACCACCAGACUUUUCCUAUACUACCACACCCUGGCCAACACUCGCGCCUACCAGCACAGCCGGAGAGCACGCAUCUGGUUCCCAAUGUUUUCCUUCUUCGAGUGUAACGUGAACGGGCCCGUGCCUAACGAGUACGGCUGGCCCUUUUCCAGACCUACCGUGCUGAGGAGGUUAAUCGGCUGAUGCGUGGCCGGAGCAUGGGCAGGA